CUAAACAGCAAAGCUAUUACUUCUGUUUUGUAAUGGCAUUCCAAUCCAGAAAAUUAUUUAUGUAAUACUACAUACAUCAUAUAAUAUUUGCAAUCUAAAACCAUUGUUUAAAAUUUAAACCUAAUUAUCUGACAAUAAAUAGUGAUUGUUACAAAUUGUAGUUAUAUUUGUUUCAUUUUUUAGUGCAAACUCGACCUAAGCUUAUACUUCAUGUUCUAGUAACUUUACUCAUACUUAGUUAUGCAUAUAUGUAUAUCUCACAUACAUAUGUGUGUAAACACCACUUACCGCCAAAACUCAGUAUGAUCAUACCAAUAAAAAAAGAUGGUGAAUGUGAGGAAUGGGCGAUUGUUGAGUUACAAGGUGAUUUAAAAUUUAAUUCCGUGAAUAUUACGAAUGUAUAUAUCGGAGAUUUACACUUUACAAAAUCUGGUACACCUAUACUUAUAAUCGGCAUUCAUGUAUUACAAGGAAAAGAAAUGGCGCUUCAAAAACCAUUUGCAGUUCUAGUUAAAAAAAAGAAUGAGGAAACUAAUACAGCUAAUACUUCCGAAGUAAAAACGGCAUACGUUAUUAAAGCAAUUGUAAAGAAGAAAUUAAUUUUUAAGUCUAGGCCGAAACCUAUUGUAACAAAUGUCCCAAAAUGUCAUUAAACAUAUGUAUAAAUAUUGUACCUUAUUGGUGUAAUUUUAUGGUACACUGUGCUAUUGAAAUAAACUAUUGUGAUAUAAAUAUGAAUGUAUUGUUGCUGAUAAAUAAAUUUACAUAGGUUUAAAAAACAA